UCCUCCUCUCUCUCUCAGUCACUCUCUCACAGACUCUCACUGUGAACUGAUAAGAGACAGAUAGAGAGAUUGGCAGGGAGACCGAGAGACCGAGAUAGAGAGAUAACUGUCUUCAUCGUUGACAGAGAAGCAGCAUUUCAAACACUAAAGAGCGUCAACCCCUCAACCCUCUACAGCCCCCUUCACACACUGACUGAUGCACACAAACCUGUCGUUGCCCCUUUAAGACAGCAUGCAGCCCCUUUUAAAGAUGGGCUUGCCCCAUCUCUGCCUACUGGUCUUCCUAUUCGCUCACUCCGCAGCCAACCAGAGCCCUUCCAAAGAGGCCAAUCCAAAUCCUGCCCUGACGAAACAAGAUGCCCCUCCCACCUCUUCAGACAAGAAGCAGCAAGCCACUCCCCCUUCCCCAUCCAGCUCCAGUGGCAGGGUGGCCCGGGAGAGCCCCGCCCCCCUGACCCUGACCCUACAGCUGAUUGGAGAGUGCGGAGGGAAGGUGGAGGAGGAGGGAGGAGCCUCUGUGACUCACUCCCUGGAUCUAGCCUCACCCCUGGUCCUCACUCACAGGAUCAGGCUGGCCCCCUCAUGCCACUGCAACACCACCGUGCUGACCAAGCGAAUCACAGCCCUGGAGAGCCAGAUCUCGGAGCUGAGGGAGCGCUGUGGGGGAAGGGGUGCAGGGAGCUGCUGUGCGCAACAAGACCUGGCUGCUACAGGCUCUCGCGGUGUCCAGUCUGUCUGUUCCGGUCAUGGUACCUUUGAGUCGGGAUCGUGUCGCUGUGAGUGUGAGCCCGGCUGGACUGGACCCCUCUGUGCUGACCGGCACUGUCCCGAAGACUGCAGUGACCAGGGGCGCUGCGUGGAGGGGAGGUGCAUCUGCUUCCCAGGGUACACCGGGAUAGAUUGCGGGCAGGUCGGCUGUCCCAGGAAUUGCACAGGCAGGGGGCGCUGUGUGGAAGGCAGGUGCGUCUGCAAUCCCGGCUUCAGUGGAGAGGACUGCAGCACCAAAACUUGUCCGGGAAACUGUCAGAACAGAGGGAGGUGCGUGAACAGGACCUGCGUGUGCGAGGAGGGCUUUACGGGUGAAGAUUGCUCCGUGCUGGCCUGCCCUGGGAACUGCAGCAGCAGGGGGCGCUGUGUGAGGGGUCGCUGCGUGUGCCGGCGUGGCUUCAGUGGCCCGGACUGCGGGGAGACAGCCUGUCCUGUGAACUGCAAUGACAGGGGGCGCUGCGUGAAGGGGGCGUGCCUCUGUGACCCCGGGUUCACGGGUAAAGCGUGUGACACGCGUGUGUGCCCCCGAGACUGCAGCCAGAGAGGAAGGUGCGAGAAUGGGGCCUGCGUUUGCCAACAGGGCUUCACCGGAAAAGACUGCUCCCAGGAGCUCCCCACAGUCUCCUCUCCUGUCUCCUCAAAGCUCCCCUCUGUCUCCGAGCUCCGCACUCUCAAUGUCUCGGACGCCUCGGUUUUGGUUCGGUGGAAUCGACCCAAUGUCCAGAUCGACGGAUACGAGAUAAGCUUCCAGACCACGAAGGAGGAUGAUGAGAAGCUGACCUCACGGCUGGUGGGUGGGGUCUCCAGCUAUACCCAGACAGGAUUGGCCCCCGGGCAGGAGUACCGAGUGAUCUUGAGAGCCGAGCGCAACCAGGAGCUGGGACCAGAGGCCUCUACUGACUUCACAACACUGAUCGGAGGCCCCAAGAACCUACGUGUUGUCAAGGCGACGGGGGGCGAGGUGGUGGUCCAAUGGGAUCGCUCAGUCUCCAGUGUGGAUCGAUACCGCCUCUCCUUCACCCCGAGCGAGGGGGAGGGGCGUGGAGGAGACAUGGACCUGCCCCCGCAGAGAGACUCCGCCCACCUCACCGGCCUGGAGGCGGGGCGGCAGUACAACAUCACACUGGUGGCUGAGAAGGGGCGGAGCCGCAGCCUGCCUGCCAGGACACAGGCCACGCCCGCAGGGUCGAUAGCUGAUGAACGGUUGACCAGUCUGGCCAUGGAAACGGUUACCAAGGAAACCCAAGGGCCCCCCAAAAGAAAGCUGAUGAUCCUCAAAGCCAACAGAACCUCAACUACGCCCCCCAGUGGAAAGAAGGUCCUCCAAAAAAGACCCCCAACAAAAGCAGUCAAGCAGUGGGUCCUACCCAGGUUAAAAGUUCAGGGGUCAGGGAAGGUCAUUGCUUCCUCUCCCAGGGGAAAGUUGAAUGGCACUCGCAGCAAAUAUUUUUGGAAAUUCCCGACAGAUAAAAGUUCUACUUUGGAGAAUGCUGAGACUAAAUCUGGAAAAAUACCUGGAAAAAUCUCACAAGUGAAUCUAAAUGGUUCUUUACCAGCUGUAACCAAAAUCAAGGAGGAGCCAUCCACACAGAAGAGAAAAGAAACAGCCUCUGAUAGGGACGCCCCAGGACCCACACUGCCUUCAUUGAAAGAAACUUCAAAAACCAAGAAGGUCCCAUCUGAAGAUCUUGCAACCAAACCAAACAAAGUCCUUCACAAUGUCUCCUCCCCCAACGUCUCUCCAGAACUGGGUGGACUGCCUGAGGGAGCACCUACUAGUUUGCCCUCCAUCAAACCUGAACAUUUUGGAACGAUCCCCCCUGUAUCCCCGGGCAAGGUACAACUGCCCACAUCGCACCCUAGACCACAACGUACUGGAAUCCUACCCACUGCAAACUCAACUGCAAUGGAGUUGAGCGCUUCUGUCAAUGGAUCUAAGAACAGACCUUCACCUGCUACUCACCAGAGAGCUACCGACACGAAGACGAUCAAAGUGAAGUUUAAUGAAGACGAGUUGGGGGUCAGACCAGGGGGUCCGGCGGUGACAGGGAAGUUAACGCCAGCUUUCCCGGGCAGGAACGGGACCGGAUUGAAAAUCGACAGGAGCGCCAUGCCAAAAAAGAUUCUUGGAGUUCCCAAACCUGUUCUAAAGAAGCCAUCUCCAGGUGCAUCUAGAACCAAGCCAGACAAAGUCCUGCCAUCUCUAAAGAAUGCGACAACUGCCAAAGGUAUGCCUACAGCUUCAACCCAAAUUGUUAAAAAGAAGUCUCCAGAUUCAACCCGACCCAAACCUGAGAAAGUCUCAACGCUUCUAGAUCAAUCUCAAUCCACCACAAUUGUUCCUACAACUGUGAAGGUGAAGACCAAGGAAGGGUUUGUUUCUCUAAACGCCACCAAAACAGACAAACCUCAGUCUACUAAAAUUGUUCAUCCAACUUUAAAUCCCAUUAAGCAGCAAUCUCCAGAAGCAACUGCAGUCCAGCCAACCUCCAAAUCUAGACCCACCAUCCAUGGGAUCUUCAUACAUGUGGGACAAUCGAUAGGAGACAACCGGACCAAGGAGAAGGUGGCCCAGGAUGUCACCAGAUUCAUCCACAGAGCACCAAAGAUGAACCUAUCCUCUGCCUUACCCAAAGAUGCCAGCAUUGCCCCUGUCAUAAGAGGGCAUCAAACACACCAGGCAACCAGGGUAGUGGAUUUGAAGUCACGCAAACCCAAAUUCGGGGCCCCUGCUCCCCAAGACGGACGGAAAAACAUCACAGGGCCAAAAGUGGAGGCUUUACGGGGGCUCCCAGGGGAUGACAGGGGGCCAACAGACGUCAGGGUCAGGAACACUACCUCUCGGAGCGUGCUGGUGUCCUGGGAAGCACAGAAGGGAGCGUUCACUCAUUUUGUGGUGACGCACAAGGAAUUCGGGGCCCAGAGUCUUCCUGUUAAGAGGGUCUUGUCUGGGGAGGCACGCUCCGCCCUCAUUGGGGGUCUCAAGCCCUCCACGCGGUACACCCUUUCUGUGUUUGGGACGUCCCAUGGACAGAGGUCCAGGAUCGAGAGGCUCACAGCCCUCACAGCCCCGCCCAAUGUAGAGAAUGCAUUGCCCACGAUUGCACAGAUCGACCAGUCACAGGAAGAGGAGGAGCAGCAGAAGGGAGAGGGGGAGGGGCCAAGGCCAGGCUUGGAUAACAGACGUGUUCCAGGCCCUGAUGUCCUGCAAGAGAUCUCCUUCAGCAACAUCACUGACACCUCUGUCGAGGUCACCUGGAGGCUCCCUUCAGCCCCAGUGGACAGCUUCAGGAUCACCUACACUCACUCACGAGAAGUGGAGCCCCACAGUGUUACAGUGGAGGGCAGGAAGUCGCGGGUCACGCUGAGCAGACUGGUUCCGGGGUCGCGGUACGAGGUCAGCGUGAUGUCUGUCAGGGGGAUGGGCAAGAGCGAGCCAAUCACAGGAGUCGUCAUCACGGCGCCAGACGCUCCCACAGAUCUGCGUGCUGUCAAUGUAACAGACUCAAUGGCGCUGUUGCUAUGGAGACCGGCGCUGGCCACAGUGGACCGUUACAUCAUCGCGUACGACGCCCGAGGCGGUGAGCUCACGAAUCUCUGCUUAUUAAACUUCACAACGAGGGGGGUGGGGGUGGGGGGUGGGCUGUCCACUCAAAUAAAAACAAUGCAGCACACUGACUGUGGAACGGGCUGUGUUAAUGAGAACAUGCGUGUUAUUGCCGUUGCAACCGGCUCAACGUCGACUUCCCAAAUUCCAGUUGUGAGGACAUGUCUCACUGCACUGGUAACUCGUGAUCCAUCACUGGUCGCAAGGUCGGUCGUGGUGGAAGUGGUGGUUACCACCACAGCAGCCCUAUCGAGAGGGGAGGGGCCCCGUGACCUCACAGCCAAUCAGGUCACCCCUCGCUCUGCCACCCUGGAGUGGAAGCCCCCCCGAAGUGCAGUUACGGGGUACAUGCUGACUGUGCAGGGUGCGGCCGGGGAGAUUAUCAGGGAAGUGACCCUUGAGCCCGGUGUGAGCAGUCACAGGCUGGACAGACUAGUUCCAGUAACACACUACACUGUGAGCCUGGUGGGAGUGAGGGGGGGUGAGAGGACUGCGGCCAUCACAACUGCAUUCACUACCGGUGUGCUUCGAUUUCCCCACCCUGCUGAUUGCUCUCAGGAGCUGCUGAAUGGAAUGCAGGAGUCGGGACAGACCACAGUGUACCUGGGGGGGAGCCGGGAGACACCACUGAAGGUCUACUGUGACAUGGAGACGGAUGGGGGAGGCUGGACCGUUUUCCAAAGAAGAAUGAACGGUAAAACCAAUUUUUAUCGGCUCUGGAAGGAGUACAAGGCUGGCUUUGGGAAUGUGAGCGAAGAGUUCUGGCUGGGCAAUGAGAACCUGCACAGCCUCACAACUCACAACCCUCAGAGCCUGAGAGUGGAUCUGAGGGCAGGGAAUGAGACGGCACAUGCUGUUUACAAGACCUUCAGAGUCGACUCAGAAAAGAAACACUACAGCCUGCACAUCGCGGGCUACAGCGGGAACGCUGGUGACUCUCUCCGUUACCAUGACGGCCGCCCGUUCUCAACCAAGGACCACGACCCCAAGCCCUUCGUCACCCGCUGUGCCAUCUCCUACAAGGGGGGCUGGUGGUACAAGAACUGCCACCAGGUCAACCUGAACGGGCUGUACGCAAGCAACAAGGACCACCAGGGAGUGAGUUGGUUUGACUGGAAAGGUUUGGAUUUUUCCAUCCCCUUCAGUGAAAUGAAGAUGAGACCCACCAACUUCCAGCCAGCGAGGAGAAGCGUGUAGACACCACCCUGCCUCAACCUCCCUCCCUCGCAAUAGAGACCACCCUGCCUCAGCCUCUCUCCCUCGCAAUAGAGACCACCCUGCCUCAGCCUCCCUCCCUCGCAAUAGAGACCACCCUGCCUCAGCCUCCCUCCCUCACAAUAGACACCACCCUGCCUCAGCCUCCCUCUCUCGCAAUAGAGACAACCCUGCCUCAGCCUCCCUCCCUCGCAAUAGAGACCACCCUGCCUCAGCCUCCCUCCCUCACAAUAGAGACCAUCCUGUCUCAGCCUCCCUCCCUCACAAUAGAGACCAUCCUGCCUCUGCCUCCCUCCCUCACAAUAGACACCACCAGUUUAAGAUCACUCCAGUAUAAUGUUGUCAGGUAUAGCCGACCCAGGAAGUAAUCGUGUGGCAGUGAAGGUCACGUUGUUACGAUCUGGAAUCUUCUUGUCAUCAUUCUUCAAAGCAGUUUGUCACUUUAGCGCACACCUUUCGAUGACGUACUUCCGCACAGCACAAACACGAGAUGACAAUGAUGAGCGUCGGUGGAACACCUUCCAGCUGCGGCUCGCCAGACCGGCCAGCUCAGCUAUACCCCGGGGGAGAUAGUGGAGACGAGGCCGGAGCUUGACGGUCCUCAUGAGAAGACACUCCUCUCUCGUUUCCACGACACUGUGACACUGCAGUGCCAGUGCGAUGCCAGUGACGUCGCAGUGCCAGUGCGAUGCCAGUGACGUCGCAGUGCCAGUGCGAUGCCAGUGACGUCGCAGUGCCAGUGCGAUGCCAGUGACGUCGCAGUGCCAGUGCGUGUCUUACCCUGUGUGAGAAUGUCAUUCUUAUUCUUAUGUUAAGUAGCAGUUCCUGAAUACAAACCCAGUUAUUUGUGAUUUUUAAUAAUUAAUCUGUGGGUGUCUCGUUAUAAUAGGAAUCAUUUCACCCAGUUUGAGAAACUCAGCUUCAUUUCUUUUAUAAAGGGUAAUCUACCGGUAUAUUUCUAUUGCCUUUAAAAAAAAAAAAAAAGGUACUCUCCCAUAGGCAGCUGAAACUGAUCGGCAGGUGCGACAGCCAAUGUUUACAGAGUUGUAGAGAUGGAGGCGUGGCUAAUAUUGGAUGUGGGUGUGGUUUGCUGUUUUAAAUUAUAUACAAAGGGAGGGGAUUCUAAUUGUACAGCAUAGCACUUUCAAACCCCAGAAAAAAAGCUUAUAUUUUGUAUUACAUGAAUGUCUUUAUAUAUAAAUAUAUUAUAUAUAUAUAUAAGUAUUUGUGUUUUUUUAUUAUACACUUCUAUUGAUAAAUGCAGCUAAACCUUAAAGACAUUGGAAAUGAAUAGAGAAAUGUUUUGUCUUCUAAAUGUCUCCAAUUCAAUCAAAGCUACAUUUUUAUAGUGCCUUUCACCUAGGCAUCAUAGAACGCUUUGCAAUAUAUAUACUGCCCAGCCACUUUAUUAGGACCUGUCCCCAGUAUCGCACUGGGACACCAGUGGCCCUGAUCACAGUCUUGACAUGAUCUAGACAGCACAAGGUGCUAGAAGGUGAGGCAGUUGAUUCAAGCUCAUCCCAGCCAUGCUCGGCUGGAUUGAGAUCACUGUGGUGGCCAUGCAAGAUGCCUGAGAACUCCCUCUGUCUCGCGCCUCGCUGGCAGGAUCAGGGUUCAGCAGAAUUUUUUGGUUCGAUGUUAAUGUCAGAGACUGGGUCCUUUGCUAACGUGUUGUUAGUGUGUUGUUCUCUUGGUGUCACACGUUGUUAGCGUGUUGUUCUCUUGGUGUCACGUGUGCUUCUUGUUCAGGUGGACAGGUGGCAUCAUAAAACCAGGCCAACUGUAUGUGUGUGUGUGUGUGUCUAAAACAUUUUUAAAAAAUAGCUAUCAGGUCACUCUGUCUUGUGUGUCUGGUAUAUUUACAUUGAUAUCUGUAGGUAUACAUGUGUAUAUGCAGGAGUGUACCCGGGGAAACACAUCCCAGCUGCAGGUUUAUAUAAUAAAACGUCUCCAUACUC